ACUACUGCCUGCCGCCGUGCAAGCUCUGGCCAGCGCUGCCCACAGUCCCCAUGGUGGGCGCCUCUCCCGGCCGGGACCUGUGAACAGCAGCGGCAUGCCAGGGAAGCCCAAGCACCUGGGCGUCCCCAACGGGCGCAUGGUUCUGGCUGUCUCAGAUGGAGAGCUGAGCAGCACGGCAGGGUCCAAGGGCGAGUGCGAGGGCUGUGGCAGCUCCCUCAGCAUCCACAGCCUCCCCAGUGGCCCCAGCAGCCCCUUCCCCACCGAGGAGCAGCCUGUGGCCAGCUGGGGCCUAUCCUUCGAGCGGCUGCUGCAGGACCCACUGGGCCUGGCUUACUUCACUGAAUUCCUGAAAAAGGAGUUCAGUGCAGAGAACGUGACUUUCUGGAAGGCCUGUGAGCGCUUCCAACAGAUCCCGGCCAGCGACACCCAGCAGUUGGCUCAGGAGGCCCGCAACAUCUACCAGGAAUUCCUGUCCAGCCAGGCGUUGAGCCCGGUCAACAUCGACCGCCAGGCCUGGCUCGGCGAGGAGGUGCUGGCCGAGCCCCGACCGGACAUGUUCCGGGCACAGCAACUUCAGAUCUUCAACCUGAUGAAGUUCGACAGCUAUGCGCGCUUUGUCAAGUCCCCGCUGUAUCGCGAGUGCCUCCUGGCGGAGGCGGAGGGGCGCCCUCUGAGAGAACCUGGCUCUUCGCGCCAAGGCAGCCCUGACGCCACGAGGAAGAAGCCGAAGCUGAAACCUGGGAAGUCGCUGCCGCUGGGCGUGGAGGAGUUGGGGCAGUUGCCGCCUGCUGAGGGCCCUGGGGGCCGCCCGCUCCGCAAGUCCUUCCGCAGGGAACUGGCAGUCGGGGUGACAAACCCUGGCUUGCGCCGAGAGUCCCAGGGCUCCCUCAACUCCUCUGCCAGUCUGGACCUCGGCUUCCUUGCCUUUGUCAGCAGCAAAUCUGAGAGCCACCGGAAGAGUCUCGGGAGCACUGAAGGUGAGAGCGAAAGCCGUCCAGGCAAGUACUGCUGUGUGUACCUGCCUGAUGGCACAGCCUCCCUGGCCCUGGCCCGACCCGGCCUCACCAUCCGUGCCAUGCUGGCAGGCAUCUGUGAGAAACGAGGUCUCUCUCUACCUGACAUCAAGGUCUACCUGGUGGGCAACGAGCAGAAGGCCCUGGUCCUGGAUCAGGACUGCAUCGUGCUGGCAGAUCAGGAAGUCCGGCUGGAGAACAGGAUCACCUUUGAUGCAAGCCUCCUGUGCAGGCUAGAGUUGGCGGCUCUGGAGCGCGUAGUGCGAAUCUCGGCCAAGCCCACCAAGCGGCUGCAGGAAGCCCUGCAGCCCAUCCUGGCGAAGCACGGCCUGAGCCCGCAACAGGUGGCGCUGCGCCGGACAGGCGAGAAGCAGUCGUUAAAUCUGGGGAACCUAGUGAGCUCGGUGGCGGCCCAGCGACUGGUUUUGGACACUCUCCCAGGUGCAAAGUUCCUGGAAGCUGGCGAAUUACCUGCCUGCCGCAGUCAGGAUGGCCCACCUAGGACCCAGGACAACGUUGCCCACCCCCCUCCACUGCCCCUCAACCUGCUGGCCGAAGUGCCCAGGAGUAUCACUGGGAAGCGACAGACCUGUGAUAUUGAAGGCCUGGUGGAGCUGCUGAACCGGGUGCAGUGCAGCGGGGCCCAUGACCAGAGGGGCCUUCUGCGCAAAGAGGACCUGGUGCUCCCAGAAUUUCUGCAGCUGCCUGCUCCAGGGCCCAAAUCCCAGGAGGCCCCACCACAGACUGAAACAAAGGGCCAGCCCAAAGGAGGCACCUCAGACUCCACUGCUGAGUCAGCCCUCUGACAGCUGCCCAGCAGUCCAGGCUGGCUGCAUGGCACCUAGCGGGCCAAGCAUGCCAUGGGUCCGCUCUGCAUGCCCUGUCUGUGCCAUGAGUGUCUCUGGCCACUUCCUACCACGGGCAGGCCCACAGGAAGAGCCAGAAAUGGGUGGAGAGGCAGCUUAGAGGAGUCACUCUACAGCUGCCACUACUUGGUCCCUCACAGACUCGCUCACCCAUCUCUUUCUGCCAGGCUGCUGGGGAGAGGUGGGCCUAGCUGCCCAGGUGCAGGCAUGCACAACACAGAGGGGUGGUGUUGGCAGUGCCAGCCUCCCCACCCUGUGCCAAGCCUCAGCAGGGAGUAGGAAGAGGGGCCGGCCCCUCCUCAGGGAACGAAUAUGAGUAGCCUUUGGGGUGCAGGCGGACAGCUUCUCCCUCUACCCACAUAGGCUCUACUGGACACAUGGAUUUUGCAGUUGGCUUGGAGCAACUGGGUUUGUCCUGGAUGUAUGAUAUUGUUAUUAUAAUAAUUAUUAUUCUGCCAUGAAGCGUGUUCCCUGUGUGUCAGUCUAUCCUGUGCCCCCUCCCCAAAACCACACUGCCUCUGUCAGCAAGAUCAGUGCCAGGAAGUUCUUGGGGACCUCAGGAUGUGCCCCUGACUUCCUAUUGUCAGAACCUGUCUUCCUGACUGCACAGAGUGUGGGAGUGUGAGUAUGAGAGAUACAGAAGCAUCAAGAGAAGGAGGGAGGGGAGGGAGGGGAAGAUCUCUCUGGGGAGUUGUGCACUGCCAGGUGCCAUUGUGCUAUCCCGCAGUCUCUGGAUCUGAGUACAGUACGGUGUCUGUUACUGUCCUCUGCUUCUACUGGGACCAAGUGUGUCUCCGCAGCUAUGGCUGUGGGCACCUUUGGAUGCAUCAAACACCUUCUGGAAGACACUGGUCAUUGUGGUAGGGGUAGGUUCUGCUCCUUGCCUGCUUUGGCUCAUGUCUUCCCUGUCCCCAGGCGGACAGGGAGGCCUGUCCACUCAGGGAGGGGAAGCAUAUAGGACCUCUCAGAAGAAGGGCUCCAGCCUGCAGGUAGAGAAGCCAGACUCAGUCCCAGUGCUGCUGCAACAGAGGAAAUAAGAGAAGGCACUCGAGGAAUGAGGGGACCCCGACACCUCAGACAGGUGGAGCCCUCUUCCCCACUUGCUGUGCUCUGCCAGAAACUUCCCCCACUGCCUCUAUCCCACAACUGGCUCCUUAACUUGAAAUUCCUGGGAGAGAUCAGUGGGGUAUACUGGCUCAUCAAUUUCUCCAGAAGUGGAACCCAAGUCUUCCUUGGGGGCCUUCAGCCCUCUGCCCCCUCAGCCUGCUUUGUUUGGCUGGUUGACCCCACACUAUGAGUGCUGGGAUGGGCUCAUGACCCAUCCUGGCCAAUUAGAGUUCAGUUCAGGGUGAUGCUGUGACCCCAGCUGGAAUCCCAAUCCUAGUCAUUUUCUACUGUCUCCUGGGAUCUUGGAAAGGAUAUGCAGGGAGAGAGCCCACAUGUGAAUGAAGCCAACACAGAAGAGCAGUGCUGAGAGAUGGAGGGAGAUUCCUGACAAAACUUACCUAAACACCUAAGUGCUUUUGUGCCUGAAGUCAACCAUUCCUAGACUCUUGUUGGGCAAGCCCACGUAUUCUUCAGCGUGCAUGUGCCUGUGACUCUGAGUGGGGUUUCUGAGCCCUGCAACCACUAAAGUCCUGCUUCAUUGAAGAUCUUGUGGCUUAAACACCUCAGAGGAGCCUUCCCUAGUCACCUUAUGCUACGGUCUAAAUGUUUUCAUCCCCACAGAUUCAUAUAUUGAAAUUUCACCCCCUAAGGUGUUGGUAUUAGGAGGCAGGGCCUUUGUAAGGUGACUAAGUCGUGAGGUGGGACCCUCAUGAGUAGGGUUAGUGCUGUAAGAGGGACCCCAGAGAUCUCCCUCACCUCUACCACUGUGAGGACACAAUGAGAAGGCAGCUGGCUACAACCUGGAAGCCCCCAGCUGUGUUGGCAUCCCAAUCUUGGACUUCCAGCCCCCACAACUGUGAAAAAUAAACUUCUGUUAUUUAAAACCA